UCCCAGCCUGUUGUUUGGGCCUGAGCAAAUAAAUGGGAGUUUAAUUCAAUUAGAGCCUGGCUUUAGUCAGUGCCUCAUGACAGAAAUUAUUCAAUAUUUUUCCCCUCACAUUGUUCAGUUUACACAUCACUGACUCCCUUGCUUUUGUACUCUGUUUAGAGUGGCCAUAAUGUGUUGAGCUUUUGUGUCUGCCAUGUCACUGUCCCUUUCACCGUUGUCUGGUUUUGUCAAUUGUGAGGUGCAAUGGCGUUAUUUUGAAAACCGGCGCCCACUAUGGUUGUGGAUAUGUUAGCAAGGAUGACUGCAGUUUGAAAGACAUUAGACACAUCCAUCAGUCCAAGAUAGUGAUUCCAUUAUCAGUUCUUAGGAAGGCUCAUUUGAAGAGUGAAAUAAAGUUUUUUGAGGUAUGCCUUUCUUUUUUAGAUAUCAAGUACAGCAAGAAAAUUGAAGUAAAAUUAAAAAAAAAAAAAAGAUCAUAACUAGAGAGUAUUUUGUCCAAUGGCAAGGUCUUUAUUCAGGUAGUUCCUUAGAUUAAGGAGUGAGGUCCACUGCAUUUAGAAUUUUUCUUGUGCCUUUGGUGAAGAGGAGAAAUGACCAAUAGUUUAAACUUGUUGCCUGCAUGAUCAGAGAGAAGCUAUUCAUGUGAUUUCUGUCACCAACAAAAACUUCUCCUAGAGCAGUGUAGAGAGCAACACCUCUUUUGAGACUUCAUUUCCACCUUAAUGGUUUCACUAUUCCACAGACACCCCCCCCCCUCCCAUUAGCUAUUCAGGUGAUCCACACCCCUGGCUGCCUCAAAGAGAAUUGUUAUCCUCUAGCAGAGCUGAUCUUUUCCAUUAUUUCAGCUGAUGGGCGAGGAAGCAGUGCAGUAUCUACAUGUAACAUUUCUCAGACCCAAGAACUGCUGUUGACAACAGUAAACUGGAAACCAAGAAAGCCACCAAAUAGGCCGCUGGACUAACAGAUAUUUGAAAGCAAUUAUUUUUAUGGACAGGCUAGAACUACAAUCUUCUUUUUCAUGGAAGCAUAGAAGGUCUUUGGCAGGAAAAUUUUUCUUUAAGGGACAAGCUGUUACUGCUGCAGAAGAAGUAGUGAAUUAUGACAAUGUAGUGGACACCGGUUCUGAAACAGAUGAGGAGGACAAGCUCCAUAUUGCUGAAGAUGAGGGUAUCGCUAACACUCUGGAUCAGGACACAAGCCCAGCUAGCGUGGUGCCCAACCAUGAGUCUUCCCCACAUGUGAGCCAAGCACUGUUGCCAAGAGAGGACGAGGAAGAUGACAUAAGAGAAGGUGGAGUGGAACAUACCUGGCACAACAAUGAGAUUCUGCAAGCCUCUGUCGAUGGUCCAGAAGAAAUGAAGGAAGAAUAUGACACUAUGGGGCCAGAAGCCGCAAUCCAGACCACUGUUAAUAAUGGUACAGUUAAGAAUGCAAAUUGCACGUCGGACUUUGAGGAAUAUUUUGCCAAAAGGAAACUGGAUGAAGGGGAUGGCCAUGCAGUUAGCAUCGCAGAGUACCUACAGCGCAGUGACACAGCCAUUAUUUACCCAGAAGCCCCUGAGGAACUGUCUCGCCUUGGCACUCCAGAGGCCAAUGGGCAAGAAGAAAGUGACCUGCCACCUGGAACUCCAGAUGCUUUUGCCCAACUGCUGACCUGCCCCUACUGCGACCGGGGCUACAAGCGCUUGACAUCGCUGAAGGAGCACAUCAAGUACCGCCAUGAGAAGAACGAGGAGAACUUUUCUUGCCCUCUUUGUAGCUACACGUUUGCCUACCGCACCCAGCUCGAGCGGCAUAUGGUGACGCACAAGCCAGGGACAGAUCAGCAUCAAAUGCUGACCCAAGGAGCAGGUAAUCGCAAGUUCAAAUGCACAGAGUGUGGCAAGGCCUUCAAAUAUAAACACCAUCUGAAGGAACACCUGCGAAUUCACAGUGGUGAAAAACCCUAUGAGUGCCCCAACUGCAAGAAACGUUUCUCACACUCUGGCUCGUACAGUUCUCACAUCAGCAGCAAGAAAUGCAUUGGUUUAAUCUCCGUAAAUGGUCGAAUGAGAAAUAAUAUCAAGACGGGUUCUUCUCCUAAUUCUGUUUCUUCCUCUCCCACUAAUUCAGCCAUUUCACAGCUGAGAAACAAAUUGGAGAAUGGAAAACCACUUAGUAUGUCUGAACAAACGGGCUUACUUAAAAUUAAAACAGAACCACUAGAUUUCAAUGACUAUAAAGUUCUUAUGGCCACACAUGGGUUUAGUGGCGCUAGUCCCUUUAUGAAUGGUGGACUCGGAGCAACCAGCCCAUUAGGAGUCCAUCCCUCUGCUCAAAGUCCAAUGCAGCACUUAGGUGUAGGAAUGGAAGCCCCCCUCCUCGGGUUUCCUACAAUAGGUAGUAAUUUAAGCGAGGUACAAAAAGUCCUACAGAUUGUGGACAACACGGUUUCCAGGCAAAAAAUGGAUUGCAAGGCUGAAGAAAUCUCAAAGCUAAAAGGUUAUCAUAUGAAGGAUCC